AUGGGUAAAAAAGUAUUCGUAGUUGGUGUUGGAAUGACAAAAUUUGUAAAGCCUAGUCCUGAUAAAGAUUACCCAGACCUAGGCAAGGAGGCCGUAUUAGACGCCUUAGCCGACGCCCGAGUUAAGUACGAGGAUGUACAACAGGCGGUGUGCGGCUACGUCUUCGGCGAUUCGACUUGCGGUCAGCGCGUUUUAUACCAAAUAGGUAUGACUGGUAUACCUAUUUACAACGUGAAUAACAACUGUUCCACCGGUUCUAAUGCGCUCUUCCUCGCCAAACAACUUGUUGAGGGCGGUCUUUCGGAUAUCGUCCUUGCAGUUGGCUUUGAAAAAAUGGCACCUGGUGCUCUAGGAAGCGGUGCUUACACUGACAGGACAAACCCUUUAGAUAGACACACACUAAAGAUGGCAGAGAUCACAGACCUAACUGGGGCACCAAUGACUGCACAAUACUUUGGCAAUGCUGGUAUGGAACACAUGAAGAAAUAUGGCACAACAGAAGUACAUGUUGCAAAAAUCGCGGCAAAAAAUCACCGCCAUGGAGCAAAGAACCCACGUGCCCAGGGUAAUCGGGAAUACACAGUUGAGGAAGUAUUGAAAUCACGUAAAAUUUAUGGUCCCCUCACUAAGCUGGCCUGCUGUCCAACCAGUGACGGCGCAGGUGCUGCUGUCCUUAUGUCAGAAGAGGCUGUAGUAAGGUAUGGUCUGCAGAACAAAGCAGUAGAAAUUAUUGGAAUGGAGAUGGCAACAGAUACAGAAGCAGUAUUUAAAGAAAACAGCUUGAUGAAAGUGGCUGGAACAGACAUGACAGCACUUGCAGCAAAACGCAUUUACUCAAAGACUGGAAUAUCGCCAAUGCAAGUGGAUGUAGUAGAAUUGCAUGAUUGUUUUGCCACUAAUGAAAUGAUCACAUACGAAGGUCUGCAAUUGUGUGGAGUGGGUGAAGCGGGCAAGUUUAUUGAUGCUGGAGAUAACACAUAUGGUGGACGAGUGGUAGUUAAUCCUAGUGGAGGUUUGAUAGCUAAGGGGCAUCCUUUAGGAGCAACAGGCUUGGCCCAAUGUGCAGAGUUAGUGUGGCAACUCCGAGGUGAAGCUGGAGAUAGACAGGUACCCCGCGCUCGUAUCGCCCUCCAGCACAACUUAGGUCUCGGUGGAGCUGUCGUACUCACGAUGUACCGCAAAGGAUUCCAAAAUGCUACCCCCAACCAGGUCGCGGCUGCUGGCAACCCCGAGGAGUUCAAAGUGUACAAAUACAUGAAGAUCCUCGAAGAAGCUAUGCAGACGGAUGAGGAGAAACUCAUAGAAAAGGUCAGAGGCAUCUACGGAUUUAAGGUCAAGGGUCCGGGAGGUGCGGAGGGCUACUGGGUCAUAAACGCGAAAGAGGGCAAGGGGAAAGUGACGUACAACGGAUCGGAGAAAUGUGAUGUUACUUUCACAAUAAACGACAAUGACGUCGUCGAUUUGAUCUCUGGCAAACUGAACCCGCAGAAGGCUUUCUUCCAGGGUAAGAUCAAGAUCCAAGGAAACAUGGGUCUCGCAAUGAAACUGACGGACCUCCAGCGCACGGCGGCCGGCAGGAUCGACGCGAUUCGGUCCAAGUUGUAA